AUGGCCCUGAUCAUUGAGGCGUCUGAACACUCUAUCAAGUCGGUGACUGUCUUCAAGUCAUCCAAAGCAGAGGUCGUUAGAUGUUUCUCUUUACAGUUACAGACAGGGCAAAAUAAGAUCAAAAUAAGAGGCCUUUCAAGCUGUAUCGACACGCAGUCGAUUCGAGUCUCGGGCCUUGGUGAUGCCCGCUUAUUUGAUGUUACAUGCACCCAUGCAGACAGCAACGCUGCGUUGUAUCUUCCAGGUAGUGCUGCUGAGAUCAAGCGUACUCUGUUAGUGAAGAAGGCUGCCCUUGAGAGCGAGAAAGCUGUGAGAGAACAAGAGUCAAAGCUUUUGUGGCAGUAUGCUCAGACUUUAAAUGGAGAACAUGUCACUCCUACUCAAAUGGGCCUUUUUUUGGAGAGCUAUGUCGAACGCGGUCAUAAGAUUGUGUCAGCUAUCACUGAACUCAACGAGAAAAUCGUAGCCAUCACGCGCCAAAUCGAUCUCCACGAUUCCGAGAGUGCCAGUAAAAAGGGUACUGCCUUGGGCCAAGUGGACAUCGUGAUUGUAGCCGACUCGGACACCCAGGUUGAGCUGAAAUUGACAUAUAUCGUUAGCAAUGUUAAAUGGACUCCCACAUAUGAGCUCCACGCCACGACUGUGAAUGGCAAACCAUCAUCCUCCGUGUCUUUGCACUACAGAGCCCGAGUUACCCAGAGCACGGGAGAGGACUGGAACAACGCCACACUCACUCUCAGUACUAUCGCAUCUGACACCGUCGUCAAACGCAUCCCGGAGCUCUACCCUGUCAAAAUCAGACCAAAGGUUGUUCUGUUCCAGAAGGGACUCGUAGGAUUUUCGAAUGUCCAGCAACAGACCUCGGACACGGACUUUGGACCAGGGAAAUCACUUUUUGGUCAACCACCGCAGCAUCCAAAAUUUACUGGGAAAUUUGGCACUGGCCGUGGCGGCCUCUUUGGAUCAAGUACUGCCCGCGUGCCUUCGGCAUUCGGGUCCACAAUGGUUGGGCAACAAGCUGCCGGUACGGAAACGCUACAAGACAUGACACUCCAUGUCGAUGACAGCUCUAGUCUGUACAAUGAGUUUGAAGAAGUUGCAAGCCCUGGAGCCAUUUUGGAGCCCACUACUGUCGUUUCAGAGACGCCCGUUGCUGUCUCCUUCUGUGUCCACGGCGAGUCCACCAUCCCCAGCGACGGUGUAGAACACCAAGUAUCUGUGGCCCUGCUUUCCUUUGAAGCGACGAUUUCCUACAUUUGUAUCCCCCGAAUCGACCCUAGGGUCUUUUUGCAGUGUGUUGUGAAGAACAGCAGCGAAUACCGCCUCUUACCAGGACCUGUCAGUGUUAUUUUCGACGACAGCUUUGUAUCGAAAACCUCCAUCAACGACAUCAACACGGGCGACAAUUUCGAAUGCACGCUUGGGGACGAUGCGUCCACGAAAGUGACCUAUUCGCGAACGGCAAAGACUGUCAAAUCAGAUGGAGGUCACUUCUCCGAGGUCACCAACACCACGACGUAUAACACGAAGAUAUCCAUACACAACAAGCACCAGUUCGAGAUUACUGACCUCGUGGUGCGCGAUGUCAUUCCAACUUCCGAUGACAAGGGGGCGUCUAUUGUGCUCCGCAAGCCUGUGGGUCUGGCGGACGCGAAGGAUGGCAAAUAUGUGGACUUGAACAAAGAUGGGCUCCGUGUUGGCUGGGAGCCGCUUGUUGAUGGAAAGGGAGGGGAAAAGGAGGGGAAAUAUGAAUGGAGGUGGAAAGUUGCUGGAGGCGCUAAAGUCAAUUUGGAAACGGAGUGGGAAAUCAAAGUCCCUGGAGAAAAUGCUUGGGUGGAGGCUCGAGAUCGUCCAGAGCAGCAGCAAUGA